AUGGUUUCUAGAAGAAAUUUAACACACAAACAGCUCUCUGAUGAUGAUGAGGACUUUGAGAAACCACCGCACGCACCAUUCGUAUUAAAAGUUGAUCCCCCCGACGACCUUCGGGAUGAGCCACCUUUAGGAGGGCCAUCUCAAGAUAACACAGGAAACGAAUCAACUCGAAAAAGGAGGAAACACUCAAGCCCUUCAGGUCGUCCCAAUUUAAGCGUCUUAACGCAGGGGUUGGAGUCUUUCACAGAUGGAAGACAGUUUUCAGCAUCUAGCAUAACAAGUCACAUCAAAGAUUUCAUGAGCCCGCGACUUGGCAGUGGAGCGUCAUCGCAAUCAGAUAAUGGAGACAGCCGCAGCAGUGAUCGGGAUUUAAGUGCUAGUGAGGAUGAAGCACCUAGAUCAGCUAAAGUCAUAUCAGUUAUAGAUGAAGGUGAUUACCAUGACUUCAAGGAUUUACAGGAGGAGUUUCGAAACGCAUUGGGAAACGGUGAUACUACUUGGCUCCCAAGUUUACAAAAAGAAGAAGAGAACGCACAAGAUCGUGACAGCUCAGAAAGCAUUGGGGAGAUCUCCCCUGAAACUUCACAAGAGCCAACUACCGUGUACAAUGGCGAAGAGAGGCCAAUCGAUCAUGGAGCGGGAAAUGCGGAGACUAUAGAGUUAAUGGAUUUGAAAAGAGAAGCAACCAAAAAAGAUGAUAAUAUAAUGAAGGAAGAAGCAACACAAGCGUAUGUUAAGACAGUACAGUUUUCGGAGAGUAGCCGCGACAAUGUGGAUGAAUCCUCUAAUCAUGAAGAUUCCAGAACUGCUCAGGCUGAGUCGUCCGAUGAUAGAGUUAAGAAAUCAACUUUUGUACUUUAUGGGAGAUCAUUGGGCGUCUUUUCUCCGGCAAAUCAAAUACGUUAUAGAAUCGCCCAAAUUGUCCAAACAAAACUUUUCUCAGUGGUGUUCCGAAUACUUAUGGCCCUUUUCGUCAUAAUCUUAGCUUAUAAAACGUACAACUCUCCAAGCCAAAAUGAGUCCGAAGAGGCGGACUUUAAGAAUACUGGUGUUGUGUUGAUCAUUCUGAAUGUUUUUUUUACGCUGGAGGUAGUGGCCAAAAUAAUCGCAUUCGGGUUUUGGGAUGAUUCCCAAAUGUUUUACGCUUACGACAAGGAAUACAAAACAGUUUUAGAAACUUUAGGAAUUACAAAGUUUUACUCCUUCCUUGAAGCUAAAUAUGGAGAGGAGUUUAUGCGAAGACUAGUCCCUUUUGAUAUUAUCAGGGACCCGCAAAAUCCUCAGAAGCAUAAAAAAGAAAUGAAGAGCUCGUUGACGUUUACAGGUCGGCUUCCGGACGUUCCUACCGAUUUUCCACCCUAUCGAGCUUUCGCUCGCAGUAGUUGGCACAGAAUCGAUCUUCUUUCUACUAUUUGUUUUUGGAUUGCCCUCUGUCUAUCUUUCAAGAAUUUUGAUGAAAAACAUGGAAUUCGUAUAUUCAAGGCACUGAGUGCAUUGAGAAUCUUGAAGAUCACUAACACAGAGACAGGCUUGUCUUCAAUUCUCCGAAGCUUGAAGUAUGGCCUUCCUCAACUUAUUAGUGUCGGAUUUAUGCUCUUAUAUUUUUGGGUGUUCUUUGGAAUUUUAGCAGUUCAAAGUUUUCAAGGAUCUUUGAAAAGACGUUGUGUAUGGACUAAUCCGAGCGAUCCAAGCGACACGUAUGACUUUGACAUGCAGUUCUGUGGCAGCUACCUUGACCCGAACACAGGGAAUAAAAUGAACUACAUUUUCAGCAAUGGAGAUGAAGGACCAUUAGCAAAGGGGUUUUCUUGUCCUGUCUAUUCAAAAUGUAUAUCGGACUCCAAUCCUUACUCGGGAUCGGUAAGCUUUGAUAACAUUAUAAAUUCUAUGGAAUUAAUAUUUGUUAUCAUGAGUGCGAACACAUUCACGGAUAUCAUGUACUACACGAUGGAUUCCGAUAGCAUGGCUGCAUGUGUUUUCUUCAUUUUUUCUAUAUUUUUUUUGAAUAUCUGGAUGAUCAAUUUGUUAAUUGCUGUUCUAGUUUCUUCUUUCGAACGUGCUAAUGAAAUGUUCAAAAGGAAGAAGAGAACUAGACUUGACAAUAAAUCCAACAUCCGGAAGGUGAUACACUUUAUUAAAAAAAAGGCGCAUAGUAAGGAGUUACCAAGCAUUAGCAAAAAGGCCAUUAACUUUUAUGAAAAAGUAGAGUGGAUUUUUGUUAUUCUAAUCGUUGCAGAUAUGAUUAUGCAGGCAACAGCUACAUCUAGAAGUUCAAAUAGCCACAUUGAAAAAAUUUUAAAGUUCGAUCAGGCAGUCGCUAUUACUCUUUUUAUUGAAUCGAUUUUUAGAGUAAUACUUCAUUUUCCUAAUCUUUGGAGGUUUCUGCUCAAACCGUCGUACGUUUUUGAUCUCAUUGUGUCCAUAAUUUCUUUGGUCAUCACAUCUCCGCAUGUGCGUGAAAAACUAGGGGAAUCCUACUACUGGCUCAACUUGUUUCAGGUAGCAAGAUUUUAUAGAGUUGCUAUUACAGUUAAAGUCACGAAAAAUCUGUGGAAACGUGCUUUGGGUAAUAUUCUCAUGAUAUGGAACUUAUCCGGGUUUUAUUUUCUAUUCCUUUUCUUGGUAGCGAUUAUUCUUUCAAUUUAUUUUGAAGGUACAGUUCCUAUUGAAGAAGAGGAUGAAAACCCUUUUGCGAUGUAUUCACUGGCCAAUUCUUUUCUGUCACUUUUCAUCAUUGGAUCAACCGAAAAUUGGACUGACAUUCUCUAUAAAUUACAGGAAAAUGCUCCGAAUACUUCCUCACAGUUUUUUGGAUCCACUCUUCUAAUCAUCUGGUUCUUUUUGGCCAAUUUUGUUGUGUUGAAUAUUUUCAUCGCAUUGAUUGCUGAGAGCUUAGAUGUAAAUGAAGAAAACAAACGACCACUUCAAAUAAGACAUUACCUAAAAAAUGUUUACCCGAAAAAGAUUAAAGAGUAUACCAGCUCCACGUUAGUUACUCGAAUGAAAAGGCUACUCUUCAGGCGUGGUUCAAAAAGAAACAGUAAUGAUCAUAACGCCGAUUCUAGAGAUUUCCGACAGUUCUUAUUUCGAGGAACAGCUAUAGUGAGUAUUGCUAAAGAUUACGAGAAAAUCUCUGAGAAAUUAAAUGAUAAUGAUGACAUUGAAAUCGUUAGUCAUACAUGGCUCAAAUCGGUAAAAAGAGCUUUUUUAAAGCUGAAAGUUGUCCAAAAUUUUACAGAAAAUCCAUUCUACAAAAAACCUGAGAUCUUAUAUUCUGAAACCGUGGAUUCAUUAGGUUCCAAAAAAUUCUCUUUGAGAUUGAAUGAAUUUGAAGAAGAAAAGCUGCAAUAUCUCAAGGAACACCCCUUCUAUAAUAACUCUUACUUCAUCUUCGCUCCCAACCAUAUGUUUAGAAGGUUUUGUCAGAGUCUUGUUUCACCCAGUGUUGGUAAAAGAACUGACGGGAAGAGGUUUCUUGAAAAUGAGUCGAACGACUACACGAGACAUAGCAACCUAAUGAGUUUAAAACGAGACCUUUUUACUGCGUUUAUAUCGCUGACUACAUUUCUGUUAGUCAUCUUUUCCUGCUACAUUACGCCACUCUACCGGAUGGAACAUUCAACGGAAACAUUGAAUUGGACAUCAUACUGUGAAAUUACUUUUGUUACAAUCUUUUCGCUUGAAUUUGUUAUUAAAACGGUAGCCGAUGGCUUGAUUCACACACCGAAUGCAUAUUUAAGAAAUCCCUGGAACUGUAUUGAUCUCAUAGUAUUGUUUUCGCUACGAGUGGAUUUCAUUUCAGACGGUAAGGAAGACAAAGGUGUUUCAAGGGUUUUUAGAGGAUUGACGGCAUUGAGGGCUUUGAGAUGUCUAACCAUCAGCAAGACAGCUAGAGCAAUAUUCAAUCAGGUUCUCUUUGACGGAUUUGGAAAAAUCAUCGGUGCAGCGAUCAUAUCUUUGAGUUUACUAUUUCCAUUUGCUGUGUGGGGUCUGGGACUCUUCAGGGGUCGUUUGGGCGUAUGCAACGACAGCGUCAAUCUGACUAGUUGUUAUAACGAGUACACGAAUACCGUGUUUAAGUGGGAUAUUUUGAUGCCUCGUGUUUAUGAUGAGCCUUACCUUUAUAUGAAUUCAUUUUCGAGUGCGUUUCGAUCAUUAUAUGAAAUUGUGUCGCUUGAGGGAUGGGUAGAUCUUCUACAGAACAGUAUGGCCAGCACAGGUAUUGGAACAGUACCUGAAACAUUUGCAACUCCUCAGAAUGGAAUCUUUUUUGUCCUCUUCAAUUUCUUGAGUAUGGUCUUCAUUCUGACCUUGUUUAUAUCGUUCAUUAUAAGCAAUCAUACCAAGAGAACAGGAAGUGCCUUUUACACCAUUGAAGAGAAGUCAUGGCUUGAAGUCCAAAAGCUACUCUCUCAAGCAAAACCAGAGGCAACCCCGGACAUAAUUCAUAUGGGCAGAGUUCGACUCUUUCUUUACAGAGUAGCUGUUGAAAAGAAGAGCUUCCUUUACGCCAUAUUCUUGCAACUCAUCCUUUGCCUUCACAUUUUCACUCUUUUAUUGACAAAUUAUAAUGGAGAGAGCACCAUGAGGACCUAUCAGAAUGUAUUUUUCAUGUUCUCAUCGUCUGUUUUCACACUACAUGAAUGCUUUUACCUUUAUGCCUUGGGAUUUCGGCUUUGGUCAUCAAGAAAGUGGAAUAUCUUUAGGUUUUUUGUGGUUACAAUGUCCGCUUCAUUGAGACUUACGAACUUCUUCUUCAAGAUGAGCAUAGCAGGAUUCACAAACGUGGUGGAUUUCUUCCAGCUUACUGUAUUUUUGUUCGUCAUUCCGCAGAACGAUACACUCAGUGAACUGAUCAGCACUGCAAUGGCAAGUUUACCUUCUAUGCUCUCUCUAAUAUACACCUGGGGAAUUCUUUUCUUGGUUUAUUCCAUUGCCAUGAAUCAAAUUUUUGGCUUAACCAGGCUGGGUCCUAAUACAAGUGACAAUAUAAAUUUCAGAACUGUGACCAAGAGUAUGAUCGUUCUAUUUCGUUGCAGUUUUGGAGAAGGCUGGAAUUAUAUAAUGAAUGACCUAACUGUCAGCUCUCCGUUUUGUUACGUUGAUGAAGAAUCUGGACAUAGUGACUGUGGCUCCAAAGCAUAUGCUUACGUUUUAUUAAUGUCAUGGAACCUACUCUCCAUGUACAUAUUCCUAAACAUGUUUAUCUCUCUCAUUCUUGAGAAUUUCAGCUAUUUGUACCACGGAGGAUCAGGUUCAAAAUCAGUGGCAAGUAGGGAGGAGAUUAGAAAAUUCAAGAAUUCUUGGAAGAAGUUCGAUCCUGAUGGUGUCGGACAGAUAGACAUCGCCUUCCUUCCCAAACUCAUGCACUCCUUCGAUGGUCCAUUGUCCUUCAAAAUAUGGGAAGGGCGCCUGUCUGUUAAAAACCUGGUCAAUAAGUAUUUUGAAGUGAACCCGUUAGACCCUUACGAUGUCAAAGUUGAUUUAGCCGGCCUAAACGACGAAUUAAUGAGCAUCGAUAAAAGGAAGAUUAUAGAGAAGAAACAGCAAUACAGAAGAUUUAUACAGGAAGUCACUCACAAUAACGCAUAUCAUAGUGGAAUAAGAUUCUCUAGCAUCAUCCAACAAAUUCCGUUGUACACUAGUUAUAAUCCUCGUGAGUGUCUCGGCAUUGAUGAUUACGUGCGUCGAUUAUAUACUAUGGGAAAAGUGGAUAAGUUUUUGGAAAACCAAAGAAACGUCGAUGUCCUCCAAAUGGUGGUUACCCGCUGGAAGUUUUUAUCUCAAAGACGUUCAAUGCCAACAGAAAGAUCUAUCAAUCCAUUUGGAGAUGAAUUUGGAGUAUCUUCAAGAUCCGAAACCUUUCAAGUUAGCAAAAUAAUUCCCCGUGAGUUUGAAAUUCCACAUACUCCAACAUUUGAUUAUGGUGAAAAUCAUUUUAGAUGGUCUCCUCAUGUACCACUUCAAAGUGAAGGUGGCGUUGAGAGACGUGCAUUGCUCUCAUACCCACCCUACGAUAGUGACAGCUCAAGUGCACAGUUAAGCUCUUAG